UUUGAACUGGUGCAACAACUGUUUCUCGCCAGCUACCGUUUACUUGACUAUUUAUUUUGCUUUGCCAUUGACAGAAUUGCAAUUUGGAAAAGUCAUCCAAUUUUAGACCUCGUUAACUGAGAUACUUCUAUGGAAGAGGAUGGAAACGAUGGCGGACAGACACAAUCAGCUGCGACGAUUUUUCUCAGUGCUUCUAAUAGUAUUAUUUAAAGGAGUCACGUCUUAUACGGACAAUAAUGACUUGGAUGCAAAUCGUUUCGGCGUACAUAAUGAACUUUCUCGAUCCUUCCCUGAUAAAUUUUCGGAAUUGCAUGAUGCACCAUUUCCCGUUGAAAAUCGUCACUGGCACAGUCCCAAAAAUCUUGGUGAAGUUUCCGGAGUCGCAGUGAGCCCCACAGGGGUUGUCAUGAUUUUUCAUCGUGGAGAUCGAACAUGGGAUUACGACACCUUCAACGAAAAUGCAGAAUAUCAAGAAAAAUACAAGGGUCCUAUUCGUGAUAAUACAAUAUUAGAAUUGGAUCCUAACACUGGGAAUAUUAUGCGCGGUUGGGGAAAUCAGACAUUCUAUCUACCUCAUGGAAUUUACGUUGAUAAUUCGGAAAACGUAUGGCUGACUGAUAUUGCUCUCCAUCAAGUAUUCAAGUAUUCAGCUUUCGGAGAUGCUCAAUUAGUUCUCGGUCAAAAAUUUGAGCCUGGAAAUGACAUGGAACACUUCUGUCAACCAACCUCUGUCGUCGUUUUACCGAAUGGCGAGAUUGUCGUCGCUGAUGGAUACUGUAAUAGUAGGAUAGUAUUGUUUGACAAAAGAGGCAAACCGAAGUACAGUAUUGGCGAAGAAUGGAUUUCCUUGAGAGUUCCGCACUCCCUGACAAUUUUAUCGAAUGAACAAGUAUGCGUAGCAGAUCGCGAAAAUUCAAGAAUCGUAUGUUUGGAUGUGACACUUUCCGGAUUGAGCCGACAUUUCGAACCUCCCUAUUCAAUUCGUCAUCAACAAUUUGGUCGCAUAUUCGGUAUUGCAUCCUAUCGUAAUUUUAUUUAUGCUGUCAAUGGUGUAACAUCUAGAAACACUGAAGUUAUGGGCUUUAUCAUUGAUCCCUUAAAUCGAAAUGUAACAGGAUUUUGGGGUCCAGGAUCUUCACCCUUUGUAAGACCACAUGCUAUCGCUGUAUGCCCAUUUGGCACAGCCCUUUAUGUAUCAGAGAUUGGACCGAACAAAGUAUGGAGCUUUAAUCUAAUAUGAAUUUUACUAACGUAAAAGUUAAUCAAUAUUAUUAUCUUCAUAAUUUGUCGUCUAAUCUCAUUUGCCUGAUUAUGGAGAGAAUCAGAGAUCAAGUUUACAAAAAACAGUAAUCCAUUACUCACUUUGUUAUGUCACACAUGUUAAUGUUAUAUUGACAUUAUUAAUAAUUUUAUUUUCUAUGAGAUCUUAAUAUAAUUUAUUGUAAAAAUUUUAAAACCUUAUUGUUAAAAAAAUAAAUAAAAAUAUGUAUUUAUUUUGAA